CGGUUCGGUAGUAAUUAGUGCGCGCGCGCGGGUCAGAGGUGAGGUGAAGUACAACAUGCCUCCAUUUGAGAAAACACAACACCCCAAACCUUUCAAACAGAGAAAGAGUUUAGCCACUAGAAAACAAGAGGUGGCGGGAAUCCGAACUAAGUUUCCUACCAAGAUUCCGGUGAUUAUUGAGCGAUAUCAAAGAGAAAAGUACCUACCGCCCCUGGACAAGACAAAGUUUCUCGUUCCUCAAGAGCUCACAAUGACCCAGUUCGUUACAAUCAUCAGGAAUCGAAUGACUCUGAUGCCCAGUCAUGCCUUUUAUCUGCUCAUUAAUAACUCCGGCAUUGCCAGCAUGUCUCUGACCAUGGCCCAGCUCUAUAAGGACUAUAAAGAUGAGGAUGGGUUUCUUUACAUGACAUACGCCUCACAGGAGAUGUUUGGACACUGUGAAAAUAUGAUGCAUAACUAUACGUGAAGUGUUUGGAUGGUUUAGGGUGCUGUUAAACACAAGUAUUUAUAGUCUUUUGUAUAUAGUGUUAACUCUUUUUAGAUAUACUAUUGCCUUUUGUAUUGUAUUUUUUAAUUGUAAUAAAUUCUUUAGUGACUAAUGGCAAGCGUCUGUAGAAGACUUGUGCUUUAAAAACUGUCCUUAAAUAUGCCUGAGAAAUAAAAAGUAAAUUUAAUGUAA